GGGCGGGCCGGGAGGGGCUGUCCAGGCUCCGCGCUUCCCUCAUCACCGCGGCCGGCGCCGGGCCGGGAGGAUGCGCGGCGCCGGGCUCUGAAGCAUGGAGGGGGUUCUGUACAAGUGGACCAACUAUCUCACAGGUUGGCAGCCGCGUUGGUUUGUUUUAGAUAAUGGAAUCCUGUCCUACUAUGAUUCACAAGAUGAUGUUUGCAAAGGGAGCAAAGGAAGUAUAAAGAUGGCAGUUUGUGAAAUUAAAGUCCAUUCAGCAGACAACACAAGAAUGGAAUUAAUCAUUCCAGGAGAGCAGCAUUUCUAUAUGAAGGCAGUAAAUGCAGCUGAAAGACAGAGGUGGCUGGUUGCUCUGGGAAGCUCCAAAGCCUGUUUGACUGAUACUAGGACUAAAAAAGAAAAAGAAAUAAGUGAAACCAGUGAAUCUCUGAAAACCAAAAUGUCUGAGCUUCGCCUCUACUGUGACCUCCUAAUGCAGCAAGUUCAUACAAUCCAAGAAUUUGUUCACCAUGAUGAGAAUUGUUCAUCUCCCAGCAUAGAGAACAUGAAUGAAGCCUCUUCUCUACUUAGUGCCACAUGUAAUACAUUCAUCACAACGCUUGAGGAAUGUGUGAAGAUAGCGAACGCCAAGUUUAAACCUGAGAUGUUUCAGCUGUCUCAUCCGGAUCCCUUAGUUUCUCCUGUGUCACCUUCUCCUGUUCAAAUGGAAAACAGUGUAAUGCUCUGUGGGUGCUGUGACACGAAAAGGAGUAGCCACUCUAUAAAAGAACCAGUGUCUACACUUCACCGACUCUCCCAGAGACGCCGAAGAACCUACUCAGAUACUGACUCUUGUAAUGAUGUUCCUCUUGAAGACCCAGAUAGACCUGUUCACUGUUCAAGAAAUACACUUAAUGGAGAUUUGGCAUCAUCAACCAUUCCUGAAGAAAACAGACUUAUGGCCAAAAAAAAAUCUGAAUCAGAAGAUCCUCUUCCAUCCUUCUCUUCCUGAGGAAACAGAAGUGUCCAACUUCCUUUAAGUAUUGCUAUGCAAAAGCUGCUGUAAUUAAACUAUGUUUUAGGGAGUAGUUUUUCCCUUAGGAUUUCUCAGCACUUUAUAGAAUAUUGUAAAACAAACAAACAAAAACAACCCACAUACCUUUGAAGUGUAUUUUAUCUUUAUAUAGUUUAUUUGCAAGAGUAUUUUCCUAAUAACUUCACAGUAUGAAUGUGCAUCUUUUUUUUUUUUAAAAACAAAUGAUGGUGUAACAUUUUGACAUCCAUAAGGACAAAUGUAGAUAUUUUUCUAAAAAACUGUGAGGGACUGACAGCUUAGUCAGUGUGUAUUGUAGCUUAUAAACAUGAAAUCUUAUAAACUUAAGGUUUCAGUUUGACAGAAGUGUGAUAUAUAUAACGUGUGCCAUGGACCAAAUGGUCACUUUACCCCAGCUGAAAAUGAGUUUCGGUCGCAGCUUGAUGGUGAUUGUAUUAUAUUCCUUUAAGCAAAAAGAAAACAGUUAAUAUUCAAAGUAUUUUUAACCCAAAUAUCAUGACAUUGAGGAUUUUUUAAAAACCAGACUGUGUUGUCCUUCAUAUAUGAAGUUGACACUACUGACUUAUCAAUACCAAAUGUUGGGUUAAAAUACUUAAUUUUUAUUUAUUUAUUUUUCUGUUGCAUCUAAAAGAUGAUUGCAUCCUAACUUUUAUGACCUGCCAAAUUUAAGAUAUGUAUACAUUGUUAUUUGCAUUGUUCUAGAAAAGAGGUUAAUGUUGUAGUGACCUUGCUCACUUCCACCAGAGAAAUAAAUGACUUGCAAUGGAAGAGGAUUUUAGUGCUUUUUUCCUAAAAAUAGACAUUAAGCUGCUAUUGUAAGGUAUUACUGUUUGCAGCUCUUUAGAAUAUCUAGACUUUUUUAUUUAUGAGUAUUUAUACAAAAAAAGGAAUCUGUCAAGGUGACUGCUCUACAUAACUUGAGAAUGGCAUUAUUUAAUUGAAGAACAAAUAGCAUUUUUUUGUCCAUACCUAUUGUCAGUGUUUGCUUUGUAAACUUUUUCAGUUCACUUUGGAGUGACAGUUUUGUCCAAGGUUUUGGAUGAGGAGCACUUUAAAACAAACUGGUUUGGUGUUUUUAAGUUAAUCAUAUGUUUAAUAAAUAUGUAGUUUUUGCAUUCAAACUCUUCAUAUAAUACAUUGUAUUUUUUACAUUUAUUGAUUGUCUAAUCUUUUUCAAGUGUAAAUAUUCUUUGUUGCUUUGAUUUUGUAUGUAUAUUCAGACCUCAUAGUAAACACACAAAUGAGGCAUAUUUUUAGCUUUUUUGCCUGUGAGCUAGGAAUAGUGUGACCUAUUUCAUUUUAAGUUUCUGUUACAAGUUUAUGUGGGAAUUUUUUAAAGAGUUAAUAUUUGGUAUUUCCUUAUUAAAGUAAACCUGUAAUUAAAGGCUUUCUUCCUUAAGUUUAAAUGGACAUAAACAAUCUAUAUACAUUGAUAUACAUUUAGAUAAACUGUAUGCUAUUUAAAGUAUUAGUGAUUUUUAAAUAGCACAGAGGUCAUUAGGCAAUAUAUAUUAAGUGGAAUCUUUUUUUGCUCGUAUGUUGUAUUUCAUGUGUAUAAUUUGAGAGAAAAGAAGUUUGAUAAUGUAAGUUUUAAUGUUGAUUAAGUAAUCAGAUUUUUUGCUUCUAUUUUUUGUUUUUGUUUUUGUUUUCUGUGGUAAGAACAAGUAGUUAUUAGACCAUGAAGGUCAAGGUGCUACUGAUUGGGAGUUUUUCUUGAACCAGUACGUUUAUACUGAAAACACUAUAACAAAGCUUUUGAACUCAUAGAAAAUAAAUCCAUUUUCUGUUGCUUUAUCAAAAAAGAUGAGUUCCUGAACAGUUUCCUAUAAAUAUUUUCUUAAAUACAGUAGUCAUUUCUGGUUCAUACCAUUUUUUUCUCUUUGAAACAGGUGCUCUGAACAAGUUUGUUACAUUCCUAACCAUGGCUUUUAUUGUGACUGGAGCCACUUCUUUUCCCUUAGGAACCAACACAUUUGUGAAAUCCUUUUUUUUUUAAACGGGAAUAUCAGUGUAUCUUUAAUUAUAUCUAGGGUUUGAUCAGUGAGUUGGUAGCAUGAAGCAAUCUAUAAAGCUUUAGAGAACCUUGAAUUUUGAGGAGCCCAGUGUAUUUUCCAGUGUGCCUGAUUUUUCUGAAUUUUAAGAAGAAGAUGAACCAAAUAAGAACAAUUUCAUAACAAUUUUAGCUUGUCAGGAUUUUCUGUAAUGUAUAACUAUUGAUUGUUCUUGUUUUGCUUUAUCUAGGCCAUGGGGUUAUUGAGAACUUUGGAGACUCUUGGUAUAUCAGUGAUCUUCUGAGCAAAACCAGUGCUUGUUUUUCAAGUGCCUGGUUUGUGUUGUGUGAGAAUUCAAGGCCUCUAUGAUUAAAACAACUUUGAUAAGGA